AUGGGUCACAGCCGGCGUCACGGCUUGGAAUUCUGCUGUUGCGUGAGUCAUCCUCCUAGGCUUCCUCUCCGCUUUCUGCCUCGCUUGUCGAAUGGAAUGCUGACCGCGCCACUGAGCUUGCGCAGGCUUUUCCCCUCGUCAAUGCUGGUGCUUAUGUGAUCAUCAUAGAGACAUUUCUGGUCGCGUUGGCCGUGCUCGUGCUGGCACUUGCGCCACCAGCCAUCGUAGCAGCCACUGGCUCCUUACCAGCUGGUUGGCCCAAGUACAUUGUCGCGAUCAUUGCGCUGAUCAUCAUGCUGCUGCAGCCUGUGGGCCUCUUUGCAGUGAUCAAGCAACGACCAUCCCUGUACCGCGGCUAUCUUCGAAUCGCCACCAUACUCGUCUUGGCAGAGAUCCUCGUCACUCUGGCUUUCUUUGCAGUUGCUGCAGCCAGACAUUCGACAGCGCUCGAGUCGUGCAUCGCACUAUAUGCCAAUACUCCACAGGGAGAUGGAGCUGGUUUCAGCACAUCACAGACAGACAAUGCCCUUGAUGGUGUCGGAGACGCGAUCUGCAACGUGUGGAUAUGGAUUCAAGUGGGGUUGAUGGGUCUUCUCAUUGCGCUGGUCGGCAUCACUCAGGUGCGUUUUGGGAUCUGGCAACUAUUCGCGCCAGCGCAGCCCCUGCUUUGAUCUCGGAGUGGUUCCGGACCUUCUCUGACCCUUCAGUCUGCUCCUCAUUCAGCUGUACAUGCUCUAUGCCCAGCGCACAUACGGACAGCGUCAAAGAGAGGCCUCUUUGGCGCACAAGUCAUACAAUGGCGGGCCUCACGAAGGCAUUCCGCUCGCUGCUCGAGACUCGGAGGUGUGGGGAUCUGCAGCCGGUCCCGAGGAAUACGGAUCCUAUCCUUCUCAUCGCGGUCAAGCUUCCGAGCCAUAUGCAUCUCGCAACGUCGGAGCUGGGGUGGGUGCAGGCAGGAACGCGUACAACGAUCCGGGCAGCCCUCCCCACUCUCCAACGGGCGUGGGAUCAUACAGCGCCGCGGCGUACAAUCACCCUGCUCCUUAUGGACAGCAGCCGUACGGCUAUGGAGGUGGAGCUUACGAUCAGAGCUCUUACGACGACCAGUACGCAGCGCGAGGAUACGAUUCCUAUGAGCCUCAAGAGGCUCAUCGAAGAAAUGAUGGUGCUAUCAGGUACCAUGCGGACGUCUAG